AUGUACUUGCUACAUUAGACUGGCGGGAAAUUAAUUGUUUAUUUAUCACAUAUUAAUUUUCGAAAUGAAUUGAAAUAAAAAAUAGGUACAAAAUGGAUUCAUUGCAAGCAUUACAAGAUUAUAUAAAGAGUAAUGACAAUUAUCGAAAUUUUAUUAACAGCUCACAAGUGCCGUCUCUAUGUAAAUCAGAGCCAUGUAUUUUAGGGGUGGAUGAAGCAGGUCGAGGCCCAGUUUUAGGUCCAAUGGUUUAUGGAGUUGCAUAUUGUCCAAAAAGUCAGAAUAAAAUACUGGAAAAUCUAGGUUGUGCUGAUUCAAAGGCGUUGACUGAGGAGAAAAGGGAUGAAAUAUUCACUAAAAUACUCACAGAUGAUGAAGCAUUGAAAAAUGUUGGUUGGACUGCAGAAAUCAUAUCACCUAAUUAUAUUUCAAAUUCAAUGUACAGAAGAGCUAAGCAUUCUUUGAAUGAAGUAUCAAUGAACUCAGCUAUAGAUCUUAUAACAAAAGUGCAUUCUUCUGGUGUCAAUAUUGUUGAAGUUUAUGUAGAUACAGUGGGUCCACCUGAAAAGUACCAAACUAAACUGUCGCAAAUAUUCCCAGAUUUUAAAAUCACUGUAGCAAAAAAGGCUGAUUCCAUCUAUCCUAUAGUAUCAGCAGCAAGUAUAGUUGCGAAAGUAACCAGAGAUCAUGCACUUAAAGUUUGGAAAUUUCAUGAAGGUUUGGAAAUGAAUCAUACUGAGUUUGGCAGUGGUUAUCCUGGAGAUCCAUUGACCAAAAAAUUUAUUCGAGAUCAAAUUGACAACAUAUUUGGUUACCCACUCUUGGUGAGGUUUAGUUGGUCAACAGCAGAACUCAUGCUACAAGACAAAGCUGCUACUUGUACAUUUGAAGAUGUGGAUGAAGACAAUCCCAAAAAGAAAGUUAGGGCUGGUACCAAGUCGAUCAGUUCUUUUUUUUCACCUAAAUUGGAGGGUAAUGGAAAAAUAAGGAGAAAACAUAAGUUCUUUGAAGAAAGAUGCUUAACAGUUGGUUCUGAUGCUUUUGACUGAUAUGACUAAAAUAAAUAUUGUUUAAAUUUAGUUUUUAUUUCAAUAUUAAUAGUAGUUGAUGUAACGAUAACGAAAUAGAAAUGGUACUUGAUGUAACAAUAACAAUAGAAAUUAAUAAAUAUUUUUAAGAACGCGUGAUUUCCGUAUUUUGCUUUAGAGAAGUUAUUAUUAAUCAGCAGAUAGCAGUUUUAACGAAACAAAUGGAUAAGAAAAUAAAAAAAAAUGCAGGUAUGAUGUUAUUAAUUAUUACCGACUGUGACUGCGACAUCGAGGUUGAGGUUGACUUUUGAGUCUACCAUUCAAAAAUAUUUUCAAAAGCUUUUUAUGGUUAUUGUGUGUUUUAUAAUAUUAAAUAUACCUACAUAUGGCGAGUAUUUAAUGUCGAUAAUCUAAAAUAUCUUUUCCCAGUACCCAGUCCUGACUAUAGUACAUAAUUUUGUUUUCCUUUAACAUCGUAAGUGAAAAUAACAUGGCUUGCAUUGCAGAUUAGGGGAAAUCAGCAAUAAUUUAAAUACAAUUAA